UGGCAGGUGGCCCACCAUGCCCAAGAAUGCAGUGGUCAUCUUACGUUAUGGACCUUACAGUGCAGUAGGACUGUCCGUGGAGCACCGCACCUUCCGCCUGGAAGGCCUGUAUACUGUCUUGACAGAAGAUGGACACCAAGUUAUCCUAGAGAAGGUAGAAGACUGGAAUGUGGUAGAACUCAUGGUGAAUGAAGAAAUUGUCUUCCGGUGCAACAUCAAAGACUUAGAGUUUGGAGGCGAUGGUAAACUAGACCCGCUGUGCAAAAAGGCCAGGCAAGCUGUGCUAAAAGCCUACUGAGCUUCUCAGAACAUGUAUCUCAAGUCCAUGGAGCAGCAGCUGCCCCUGGCCAUUCUGUGAUGCAAACAACAAUGGCGAUUUCCGGCCAUGCACACCAGGCUCCACCCAUCUGGACAAGGCAAGGCUGGCCUGUCCUUCAGCCUAUAGGGCACAGGGUUUCUCACCUGGCUGCAAAAUUAACAAAACCACAUCAUUUGCAGCAUUUCUCCAUCUCAAUCCAUAGGGAGAACCCUCCAAUAUCAUGUAUAUAUUGAGCUGAAGGGAAUAAUAAAAUGCAA